AAGAAGCCGGAAACCAAACAGCGCAGCGUCCUUCACGUCACCCAUCCCUACCACCGCCUCGUGACGACAUCCCUUGCGUCACCCCUAGACUUCAGCAUCUAAACGCGAUCAAAAGGUCCCGUCGCCAAAUUGCAUAUCUAAAGGGAUAGAUUGAUGUUGUUAGAGGGAUAGAUUGAUGUGUUUUUAGGGUUUUGGAUUGGAAGGAUGCUUUCUGAACGGCGGUUUGCGGAAAAGAUCGAUUAUUGGAAGCAUCGGAUGCGGCAAAAUGGGUUUUUUUUGGAUUGAAGUCGAGGUAUAGCUCGGAUCUCGGACCCUAACGAGAGCUUGGCAAUGGCAUUAUAGGUUUUUUUUUUUAAUAAUUUUCUUUUUAUUUUGUUGGGUUGCCACUGAGUCAUGGCGAAUCUGGCGGAACCCUCGUCUUCUCUGAGCUUCACCUCCUCUUCCAACCUGUCCAAUGGCUCCAGCGUCUACACCGCUCCUCCGCCGGCGCCGGCCGCUGAGGCGGGGGCCAGCCUCGAGGUCGUUAGCCUCGGCAAGCUGAGCUCCAAUCUCGAGCGCCUUCUCGCUGACUCCGAAUUCGACUACAGCGACGCCGAGAUCGUCGUCGAGGGCGCGCCGGUCGGCGUCCACCGAUGCAUUUUGGCGGCAAGGAGCCGGUUCUUCCUCGACCUCUUCUCCCGUGACGGCGGCCGAUGUCGGCCGGAGGGAGGGAAGCCAAGGUACCAGAUGAGUGAAUUGGUGCCUUGCGGCCGGGUCGGGCGUGAGGCCUUCAUGAACUUCUUGAGUUAUAUUUACACCGGGAAGCUGAAGCCAGCUCCGCCGGAGGUGUCGGUAUGUGUAGAUCCGAUGUGCGCUCAUGAUGCUUGCUGGCCUGCGGUCAAUUUCGUGGUGGAGUUGAUGAAUGCAUCGUCUGUGUUUCAGAUUCCAGAGAUGGUCUCUCUUUUACAGCGGCGCCUUCUCAACUUUGUUGAGAAGGCUUUUGUGGAAGAUGUAAUCCCUAUUCUCUUGGUUGCCUUCCACUCACAGCUUAGUCAGUUGCUCAGUCACUGUAUGAAAAGAGUGGCAAGAUCCGAUCUUGACAAUAUCUCUCUUCAGAAGGAGCUACCGCAAGAAGUUGCUGAGGAGAUUAAAUUGAUCCGCCACAAAGCCCAGACUGAUGAACCUAAUUCCUUGACUGUUGACCCUGUCCUUGAGAAAAGAAUAAGAAGAAUCCACAGGGCUCUGGAUUCUGAUGAUGUGGAACUUGUAAAGUUGCUUCUUAGCGAGUCAGAUACCACUUUAGAUGAUGCCAAUGCUCUACACUAUGCAGCUGCCUACUGUGAUUCCAAAGUUGUGGCAGAGUUGUUAGAAAUGGGGUCAGCUAAUGUGAAUCUAAGGAACAAUAGAGGAUAUACACCCCUCCAUGUGGCUGCCAUGCGAAAGGAGCCAGCUGUCAUUGUGUCUCUUCUCACCAAAGGAGCAUCUGCAUCAGAAACAACAGCUGAUGGGCAGAAUGCUGCUAUGAUCUGUAGGAGGCUAACCAGGGCCAAAGACUACAAUACAAACACUCAGCAGGGUCAAGAGUCAAAUAAAGACAGAAUAUGCAUCGAUAUUCUGGAGAGAGAGAUGAGGAGGAAUCCAAUGGCUGGUGAAGACUCAGUCACAUCACCAUUAUUGGGUGAUAACCUUCACAUGAAGCUUCUGUACCUGGAAAACAGAGUUGCGUUUGCAAGAUUAUUUUUCCCUACUGAAGCCAAGGUAGCCAUGGAAAUUGCACAAGCAGAGACAACAUCAGAAUUCAUGGGACUUUUGGCAUCAAGGAACUCAAGUAACCUGAGGGAGGUAGAUCUGAAUGAGACACCUAUAAUGCAAAACAAACGACUACGUUCGAGGGUUGAUGCCCUUGUUAAAACAGUGGAGCUGGGCAGGCGCUUUUUUCCACACUGUUCACAAGUGCUGGAUAAGUUUCUGGAAGAAGAUUUGCCUGAUCUGCUCUACCUCCAGAAGGGAACACCUGAUGAGCAAAAGAUCAAGAAGAUGCGCUACUGUGAGCUUAAAGAGGAUGUUCGGAAGGCUUUCAAGAAGGACAAGGCUGACAGUGCACGCUCAUGGCUGUCUUCUUCAUCAUCAUCAUCCUCGCCCAAGGGUCAUACAAGGCAUUCCAAGUCUGUAAGAUAAUGAAGUUGUAGAGUCCUUAUGGUACAUGUACCAUAGAUGUUCAGAAGAUAAAAAAGGCAUAUAUAUAUAUAUAUAUAUAUAUAUGCAAAAUAUUUUUGACAUGAGAGUGUUUUAUCUUUCUGAAAAUCUAAAUUAUCAGGAGUUUUUCCUGCUGCCAAAA